AUGCCCUCGCCCGGCCCCCGGUGCAGCGCGCCCCGGUCCGGCCCCGCCGGCGGCUGCGGGAGGGACGCGGCGCCCAGCCCCGCAAAGCCCCCAACCUGCCCCGGGCGCAGCCGGCUCCUGGCCCCGCCGUCCCGGCUUUGUGCCUUGGCAGCCCCGCCCCGCGUCCCGGGGGGCCGCGCAGCCUGCACCGGGCUGGGGGAGGCGAUUGCGGGCGGCCCCCUGCGCUGUCUGCGGGGCUCACCCCGGCUGGCCGGUGGCCAGGCCUGGAGCCUGCGGGUUCGCUCGCAACGCGCCGAGCUGGGCGGCUGGUGCCGGCUGCGGAGACCCAGGGGACCCAGCCGGGCCGCGGAAGGCGCUGGCCAGGCCCCUCGGCCCAGCGUUUGGCAGCAGGAGCCUCUGGCAGGCUCCGGUGGCCUCGACGCGGAAAGCCCAGCUCAGAUGGAGCGAGGGGACAGGCUGCGUGUGGGCGAUCGCAGGGAGAGGAGAGAGAGGGGAACACCUGACGCCUCUGGCACAGGUUCUGCUGACCUGAGACCCCAGGUGUUUAUUAAAAUGGAGCAGGAAGAGGAGCCGUGCACGGGGGGGCCCCCAGAGCAGAGAGAGACAGGAAUUCUCCAUGCCCCUGGCACAGGCACAGGCUGGCCUGACGUGAAGCAUGAGAUUGUGGUGAAAGUGGAGCCAGAUGACGAGUCAUAUGUGGGGUAUCCCCAAGGCCUGGGGGACCGAGACCUCCCCGGCUACCCCAGCACUGGUAUCAAAGCAGAGAUUGUGGUCAAAAUGGAGCCCGAGGACGAUGCCUACGGCGAGUGUGCCCAGCAUUACGGUGAAGGAGAAGGUCCCAACGACCCCUUCUGUGACGCAAACCCAGAGAUUAUCGUGAAAGUGGAGCCAGAUGAUGAGUCGGCCAUUGGCUAUCCCCAGGGCCUGAGCGAAGGCAGAAUUCCCGGCUACCCCAGCCCAGGGUUGAUCAACGAGACGCGCCAAGUGCUGCGAUUACGGAAAAGUGUGACGCGAGAUGCAACAUUUAAGAUAUCACAAACAGAUCAUAACAAGAAACAUUUGGAUGCGGUAGCAGCACAGGAACAUUUGGCCAAGGCUUCAACAAAAAAAUCAAGUCUGCCCCCCAUGAUUGAUAGCCGAUUCACGGAAAAGGAUCUCAACGACGUCUUUACUUUUGAAUUUGAAAAGUCCAAAUUUGGGCUUUUGGGAAAAGCCAAGAAGAAAUCGGCAACAUGCAAGGUGGAAAAGGAAGUGAAUGGAGAGCUCAAAACAUGUAGCUUCAAGACAAGUGAAGCAAGUGCCGUGAAAAGUUUCAACCUUUGGCGGCAUGUAAAACGUAACCAUCCUGAAAACUAUGCUGCUCUGGUUACAAAAAAGGAUCAGGAAGAUGAGGCAAAACCGAAAGCUGACGCAGCUAAACGACGUUCAUCUGGCUCUUUGAAAACUCCUGGAGAAAAGAUUUUUUGCAGAGCUUCAUCCAAAAAGAAACCCAAAAUUGAGCAAACAAAACUUGCCUCAUAUUUGAAGUCCUCAAAUGUUACAGUCACCAUGGAUGCCAAUACUUUCCGUGAAGGGCUGAUGGAAAUGGUUUGCUUGAGUUCAACACCGCUCACUACCUUCGGGCUAAAGAACAAAGGAUUCCAAAAAAUUGCAGGUGAAAUGGGUCGGCAGCUUGGCGUUUCGAUGGGGCACGAUGCGGUUCGUCAUUUAGUUGUCAGCACAGCUGAGUCUGGCCGCAAAGAGCUCAAGAAAGCUUUGGAGCAAAAAUUGUGCUACCUGAAAAUGGAUGCGGCAACCCGUGGAAAGAGAAAUUUCCUUGCAAUCAAUGCUCAGUACUAUGAAGAAGGCAAAGAUAAAGCUGUGAUAAAAACUUUGGACAUAAUCGACACUGAAGGGUGUCACAAUUCUUCGUACGUGAAAGCUCAAGUAAAAACUAUUUUAGAAAAAUUUGGAAUCAGUGAAAUGCAAGUGUUGAGCAUCUGCGUUGACAAUGCAGCAAACAUGAUGUGUGCUGUCAAAAAUGUCAGCGAGGACAAUGAAACCAUUUCUACCUCUGAGAACAGGGAUGUGGACAGAACUGAAGCUAUUUUGCCUGAUGAAAGAACUAAAGGAAUUGAUGAAAUUGAACUCAAUGUGGAUGCUGCUGCGCAAUGGGCUAAUGACCCUAGUCUCAUACUUCCAACAUGGCUUCAUGAGGACGACUCAAAAGUCCAGCUGAUGAGGUGUGGUAUUCACACUCUUCAGUUGGCAAUCUGGGAUGGACUGAACAAAGAACAUGCGAAGAAAUUUCUGGCAAAAAUUCGACAAGUCGUUCUCAAACUACGAACCCCAAGUAUUCAAAGUGUUCUGCUUGAUCUACAUGGGAUAACUCAGUCAUUGGAUAAUGUGACUUGCUGGGGUUCAACAUUUGCGAUGGUUGAUCAGCUUCUUGUUUUUCAAUCUUACUGUGAACAAGUGGCUGCUGCUGGAACGAGAGAACUCAAGUUAACAAAAGCUGAAUGGGACGAAGUGAAGAACCUGCGAGACCUCUUGGCAAAGCCAAACCAAACAACCAUGAAUCUUCAAGCUGUUGAUGUAACUCCAGGAGUUUUAAUGAAGGAAUGGCGAAAACUGUCAAAAUUCUUGCAAGAAAAUGGUGGACAAAUCGCAGAAGGAAUUCUAUCCUCCAUGCAGAAACACGAAGAGAAGCUUUUUGACAAUAUUCAUUUUCUUGCUGGAGUUUAUGUUGACCCACGGUAUCGGAUUCUUCUUACCUCAAGGGAAAUACCAAAGGCAAAGGAAGGGCUCCUUGAUAUUGCUCGACGACUCGAAAAACAAAAUCUAUUGCUACAUUUGAACUCGGCGAAAGAGGUUGAAGAAAACAACACACAACAAAAGGAGUCAUCAACAAUCAAAUUUGCUGUUUCAGAAAGUUCACAUCUUUCAAAAACAGGCUGUUCUCAAACUUCUGUCUCCACUCUGAAUUUAUUCGAGCGUCCAUCCCUGAGACGUCUUCAGCCAUUAUGGGGAAAUGGCGAUAAUUCAAGCAUCAAUUCUUCAGAAGAUGACGACUUUGAAAAGGAAUUGGAUAAACAAGAAAGACGCCGGCGAGUUUCUGCGAUUCAUAAUUGUAAUGAAGCAUUAUUUGAGAGAAACUUUCGGGAUGAUUGUGAGGCAAUGGAGUCUAUUGGUAGGCUAAAAGUUAAGUCUGUUUUUGAGGCCAUUCACAGCUACCCACACCGCAUUCAGGCUGCCUGUAGAAUUGCUUCGAGCAUGCCAACAACUCAAGCUAGUGUAGAGCGACUGUUUUCGGCUUUAAAGUUAAUUUUAAAUGAUUUGCGGCAGACUAUGAAAGACGACUUGAUUGCUGCAAUAAUUUUUUACAGAAUGAAUUAUGAAUGAUUCUAGUUUAUAUCAUUGUUGAUGACAUUUAAAUUGUUUUCAAAGUCUGAAUAUAAAUAGUUUUUUUCAAAAUUACAGUAUGAACUUUUUUAUUUAGUUAAUAAUUCAUUUGAGUCAGAGCACGGAGCGAGUCAGAGCGGAGCUGGAGCAGUCACUAUUGGUGCCGGAGCGGAGCUGGAGCAGAGAAAUUAAAAAAUUGUAUUGCUCCAAAUCCCUGAUUUGAAUCAAGGAGAGCUUGACAGAAAUCAAAAAUUAAUUAAUCUAGUAAAUUAGAAAUGUAUUCACCAGUUUCUAAUAAAAAUGUAAAAUGUAAGAAUUUGAAUAAAUGUAAGUCAAGCUUUAUAAUAACUGCUUCAAUAAAUGUGUGCAGACAUAGUGUAGCAAAAAGCAGCACAAAUUUAGUGUCAGGGCCACAUUUAGUUGGAAAUCAGCACGUUACCAACCAGUUAGACUCAACCUUUCUUUAGGGAAAGGACUAAAAAGGACAAUGCAAGAGGGCUAAGUUGGUGGUUUGUGCUGAGGAUUGAAAUCAAGGCUUACUAUCUCCUGAUUUCAUAGAUUAUUAGGGUUGGAAGGGACCUCAGGAGGUAUCUAGUCCAACCCCC